AUUUAUCAAGAUGGCGCGCAUUAUGGUUGGAUUCGGACUCGAGCAACCUGCGUGACAUCUGUCUGCCGAGCUGAUGCUAACUUGCUUAGAAACUUUUCCAAUGGACUUUCUUGACCAAUAGUUCUUUAACUUAUUUUCUAAAAAGUCCAAAUCUAUUAAAUACACAAUAAUUUUAUUUAUUCUCAUAGUUUCAAAAUGGAAGGAAGGGUAAGUAACUCUCUUACUCUUACUCCGUAAGUCCUAGAAUCUUAGUUUAAAAGUAAUUUUUAAAAGACACUUCUUGUCACUUAAACUACCUUGCCAUUUAGGCUCUAAUGAAUUAGUUAAUCACUAAAGUUUAAAAUAAUAAAGUUCAUUUCAAAAACACGCUUCAUCCCCAAAGGCUCGAAGCGCGGUACAAAGUCAACAAAAAACAUAUCUAUAAUUUACCACAUUUAAAACAAACGCAACACUACAAAAACUAAUUACAAGCAUACAAUCUCAAAGUCUUUCUAGCCAUUUCAACCCGGAGCAACACAGCCAUUAUGCAUUAACUGGAAAAUAAGGUAGACAAUCAUCCCAGAAGGUAUUUGUGAAAUAGAUGUGUCUUUAGAUCGGUUUUAAAGGACUCCAGUGUCUGGUUGUUUCUAAGAUCGACAGGAAGGGCGUUCCAAAUUGUUGGACCAGCAAAUGCGAAAGUGCGCUUUCCGUAAGUCUCAAGGCAAACACGUGGUGUCGAGAGUUUGCCACUAUCGGAUGAGCGGAGCUCUCUACUGGGUACAUAAGGCGUCAGCAGCUCUUUCAGAUAGGACGGCGCCAGGUCAUGUAAGCAGCGGUAGCACAAAGUUGCGAUUUUGUACUCUAUGCGAGCACGCACCGGCAGCCAAUGCAACUCUCUCAGAAGUGUUUUUGCAUGGUCGAAUUUGCGUUUGCGGAGAACAAUGCGAGCCGCAUUAUUCUGUGCUAUUUGAAUUUUAUCCAGGAGCGUAGCUGGAAGACCCACCAUGAGAGCAUUGCAAUAGUCCAUGCGUGAUAGCACAAAUGCAGACAUCAGCCUCUUUGUUGUAUCAAUUGUUAGGAAGGGCCUAUUUUGACUAAUCCUGCGCAGCUCCAGAAAAAUCGCCCUGCAUAGCAUGUUAAUAUGACUAUCAAAAGUUAGUCUUCUAUCUAGGUAGACACCCAGGUACCGUACUGUUUGAGCUAACUCAAUACGCACACCUGAGAGAGUAAUGGAUGUCGUGUUAUUUGCAGAUUUCUGCUUCUGAGCGGUCGCAAUGGGGAGCAGCUCAGUCUUAUCAUCAUUUAAUUUGAGCUUGUUAAUGGUCAUCCAGUGCUUAACCGACUCCAUUGUCUUCUGUGUAAUACUGAGCAGCUGAGGGAACUGAGAAGUGAUCACGGAUUGAUGAAGUUGUAUAAUACUAAUAUACUUAAUCAUAUAAGCCCUAUUGAUGCCUUUUUUAAAAUUAUAGUUAGGCUAUAGAUGGUAUGCUACGGCUACAGUAUUAUAGAGUCAAUAGAAUAGAGUAUACUUCAUUAAUUUAACAUCCAGUAGGGGGUUGGUGGUGUGUUUGAUUAACUAAAUUCAUCUAAAAUGGGGGGGGGGGGGCAGAUAUCAUCAGGCAGUGAUAGUUAGUGCUAACUUUUCUUUUUAUUUGAUUUCUAAAGCUUCUUUGAACAGCCCCAAUUGUUCAUGUAACAUAGCCCAUUAAUGUAACUUAAUGAUCUCUCCAUUUUUUUUGGGGCAUUUUACUAUCACUAAUACUAUUAAUACUGACCAUAUUUGUGCACUACUUUUUUAUAUGGUCGUCAUCUUUUUUGCCAUGACAGCAGAUUAAGAUGAUGGCAAUGUCAAAAAAUGUAUCGCAAAAUUGGAGAAGAAAGGUGUAUAUGUUUUAGCUAAUUUAAUACUAAUAGAAACAAAUGAAAAAAAGGGAAAAUGAUGACAAUGCGUUAUUUUUUAAAGAAAUAAAUGUUUAAAAAGACAUUACUUAAAAUUUGCAUAGAAAAAAAAACGAAUUGUCUACACGUCCGGCGCGCCGGACAAAUAGUGCGCAAGAUAUACGUCCGGCGGUAUGUCACGUGACCGCCGGACGGCUAGUAGUUUUUAUAAUUCCGAACGAAGUACAGUUUGGUAGAUCUUGUGUGAUCUAGUGGUAGAGUGGUCGCUUGACGAUAUUAUGAUUUGUGGAUCAAUACAGGGGAUAGGAUUGGGUUUUUUUUCUCCCAUUUUAAUUUAAAAUAUUUUAUACUAUAUUUAUAUUAUCUUGUUCAUUAGCAACAGUAGUUUCAUGAGAAGUUUUUAAAUAUUUUGUAGCAAUUUAAAAUGAAAUCUUUUACUUUUAUUGGUUGCCUACUCCAAACUGGCCCCUAAUUUAUUUUAUGGAUUACUGGUGCACAAACUCAAAUAACAAACUAAACAAAAAUGUUUACAAGCCACUUUCACUUAAGUUUUUUUCUAUUAUUUGCAUUCAAGAUACUCAGUACAUUACUUGGUAGAGAAAUAGAUUUUAAAAUUAACAAUAGUUUUGAAUCAUUCGCAGUCACGUAACAAGGCUGACCGACAAGAUAUCUCUCGCCACUUUGUUACGGCGGUCAUGUGACUUGGUCGCCGGACAAAUAGUGCGGGAGAUAGACGUCCGGCAACAAUAAAGAAAAGAAAUGGAAAAAUGUUGAAAAUCAACACAUCUGGACAAUUUUUUUUAAUUUUUAAAUUAGCAAAAUGUUUCUGUAAAGCCCUAACAUCUAUAAAUCUACUUAAUGUGAAUGCUAAAUCAGUAUCUCUAACUCAAGUGUAAAUUUAUCCUGAAAUUUAGUUCACCCUAGCCCUAACUUAAGCGUAAAUCUUCAAACCUAAAUUCUAUGACCUAACACAAACCUUUAACCAUGUGUUUGUGUUACAUACUGUACAAAAAAAAAUGUAAAUUUUAAUAAAAAGAUAAAAAUUAUUUUAAAAUAUUUAAAAUAAUGGAAACACAACUUACAGUUUCAAAGAUACACUUUUACUCACUUAUUACAAGUUUCACCGUAAAUCAUAUCAAUUGAUUAUAAUUCCUAUUACAAGUUUCACUGUAAAUCAUAUCAAUUAAUUAUAAUUCCAUUGAUGAAAAGAUCAGACUCAAGCAGCAACCUUGUUUUCAAAUACCGGUAUUACUUUAAAAUAACAUUUCUUUGACUUAAUAUUUUUUAAAAGUAAAUAGUUAACCCUAGUUAAAAUCUGUGACUAAACAAGGGGAGCUCACUCAUAUGCAGAAACUCGGGUGAGUAAUAAAGUGUAAAUUUACCAAAUAGACUAAUGGUAGUAAUAGCCAUAUUCUAGCAUUUCAGUCAGAAAAGUUCAAAUUUAAUUUAUGAAAAGAAUAUAACAUUAUAUGUCAUAUACGCAAACAGAGUUUGAGUUUAUUCAUAGGGUAGUCGUACACAAACACACAUACCAAAUGAGUAAUAAAAGCCCUAGGCUUACAUCUAUAAAUGAUAAGUAAAUUCCUUAAAAAAAUAAAAAUAAAUUGAAAAAUGAAUAAAAUAGGGGCUACUCCAUUUCAUUUAUAUUAAAUUUACGACACUCAACUAUAAUUUAAUCAAAGUUAGGCCUAUUGUAAAAAAUUUAUUGAAGUCACGUUGAUAUUUAAGCACUAUUAUAGAAACCAAAUAGUCUGUCCGAACAGUCAGGUUAUGGUACCUUCAUCAUUGAGUGUUGCUGUUACUGUUGUAGGCUAACCAAAUUAUGGAUGAUUUAUGGAUUUUGCUAUCCGAUAUUAGGCUUUCAAUACACAUAAUAAUAAAAAGUACGAUAUUUUAUUAUAUGUCUAUUGAAAAGAAAUCUAUGUUUCACUUUAGACUCUUUAUGCCUUUUAAUUUUGAAUUUUUUUUGUGUUGAUUUUGACCUAUUUGUAAAUUUUCAGACUUGAUUAUAUUUAUACACUAAUUGUAAAUUUUGACUGAUUUAUUUAUUUAACAAAUAUUCUGGAAUGUAGAGUCCAUCAUAUGAGUCAUAUUUACAACAUGGAGACGCCUUAAAUCCACGUGCUGGAGAAACAGCUAAAAUAUUUAAAAGACGUAGCUCAAAUGUCAUUCUUCAAAAAUGUGAGUUAUGAUGAAGGAACUUUUAUUGUUUUAUUAUAAAAUUAUUGCAUUGUUCUAGAUUUUGUAAUAUUACAAUGAUUUACAGGAAUUCAUCCAAACUGAUUAAAGAUAAAAUAUGCUUUUAUUUAUAAAAUGUUUUACAAAUUGAUAUUCUUAACUUUUAAAAUAUACUCUUAUUUUUUUACACUUUUAUUCCAGCUAUUCAACUUUUGGAUGAAGCAGUGUCACCCUAUGUUAAUAGAGCAUCGAGAACUCCCCGUACAUUUAGGAAUGCACCAUGUAAGAGUCCAUUCUAUGUUUUAAAUUGUUUGAAAUUUAAAAAUGGAUUUGUAGACAUUUUUUUUUUACUGCAACAACUUCAUUCCAAAGACACUUGUUUGCUCCCUUCAUGAGUCAUUGAGAUUAUGCCUAAUUAGGCUUUUCUAACCCCAAGUGUCUCACUGGACAGAUGGUGUGAGUGCUGCUUCUUUCAUGAGAUACUGGUCUGCCAACUGUUAUUUUAACCUUGGCUGGACAGAUUGCUAAAUAUUGUCUGGCCUUCUAUCUAUACUACAUUGAAACAUACCACAAUGUUGAUAAAAUAUUUUCUGGGUCCUCUUGACUGCCCCUUUCUUGCACUGUUGUCUAGGGAUUCAAUAAUUAUCAUCACAAAACUCUUCUCACCAGAGUCAGCCUAAUACUUGUGCACAAUACAGCAACACUUAAAUAAAACUUCAGUUCUUCUUUAAACAAAAUUCAACAACACAGAGUCAAUACAACACCACUGGUCACUUUCUAACUUCAAGGACAUGACACACACUGAUGUAGUGUUACUCUGACUACCAACACUAAAACAUGAACUCCUGGGAUACUAUACAUCAAACUCCUGGGCUACUACCACAACUAAUUGUGAAAUCUGGGCAUCCAAUGAUCGUCUUGCUCACAUACCUUAAAUACCCUCACACUUGUUUAUUUCUCUACACCUCUCAACCAAUGACAAUUAGACAUAAAAAUACAACUCAGACGCUCAAGUGAUGCUGAUAAUUUUGCACAAAACACAGUGAUUCUCAUCCCUCAAACAGAUUUAAGAUCAACUUUUAUCUCUUUUUCCAUAAACAGCCUCCUCUUUGCUACAGUAUGUUAUUGUAUAUUUGUGAAUAUGUAAAUAUUUUCCUAAAUGGCGGCUUAAUGAAGUUUUCCUAAAUGGCGGCUUAAUGAAGUUAGAGAAAGCAAACCAAUUUUUAAAAUACAGACUGUACCUUUUCCUAGUCACUAAAUAAAUAUUUAUUAUUAAAGGCUGUCAAAGUUUUAAAUUGAAGCUAAUUUUCAUUCUACAGUUUCACCUAUUAGACAUGACUCCAAAUCUGAACCUGAUGCAAGUUUAUUCUAUUUCACACCUGCCAAGAAACCUGCUCCAGUUCAGUCACCUGUAAGUAAUUUUUUUUUAUAACAUUUAUUUUGUGCCUUGUAUUUACCUAGAUUGAAAGCAGUUUAUGUUAGCAAUCAUAUGCUGCCUACUUUGUGCCAUUUUGGAAAAAUGUUACUGUCUGGCAUCCAUCUGUCUCAAUGCACUCUGGGACUCCAUAGGUCCCAUAAAAAGCCACAUUCCGAUAUUUACGAAUCCCAUUCCCAUCUACUUGUGGUGUUGGGUUUUGUGGUGCUACUUUGGUUCUUGCUUGAGGUUUGAACUCCAGACCAUGAAUGUCCAGGAGAUCAACACUCUUGACUGCACAGCCACUAUACCUAAGGUUUUCAUAAUGCGUUAUUUUAACCAACACUUUAUAACAUUUUUUAAAGGAUUUUGACAACUCCUCUGUCAGAGGCGGCAGUUUGCUCCAUGUUUCUUCCAGAGUUACAUUUCCUGUGGAUGAAGCUACUUCAGAGGUAUGUGUCUUAAAAAGUAUACAUUACUCUGUACACAGUCAAUUUUUGACAAUUAAUUAUAACUAUUCAUUCAAAUUCAAGUGUUUUUAUUAGACUAAGCAAAUUGGAAAUGUUUAAUGCAAAAGAAUCAAUCUGAUUUCUUGCCUAAAAUGAAACAUCAAAAUAAAUCAUUUGUUCCAAUAGCAGGACUUGACUGAACUUAAUACCAAGACUGUAGCAUUUAUUGCUGAAGAUGAUCCUGGGAAGAAAGGUAAUAAUCAAAUUGAUGCUUCUUUAUUGUCCAACUUAGGGUAGCACUAAUCAUAUGCCAGGUUUUGGAAUUAAAACUUUGUUGUGAUUGCAGUUUAUCCCAAAUUUUAUUGCACUAAUAGGUAAAUUAAAAAAAACUUCUAUAUCUGGUUGAUCAUUAUUAUAAGUAUGAUGUGGUUUAUUAAAUUACAUGAUGGGGAAGCACAUGUCAUUUUACAAGUGCCUCAAAAGCACAAGGGGCUCCAAUAAUUUUGAUUAAAGCAAUUUUUCAUUUAUUUGCAUCAGUUGCAUAGCACUAAAUUUUGUCAGAAAAUCAUUUUUCCUCUUAACUAAUUUUACAUUACAUACUUUCUUCAAAUUCUACAGCAUCUGAAGGCUUAUACAGCGCUUUCAAAGAGAGUCUUAAGGACCAUCCUACACCACAACAAAUCUUUGAGCUUUUGACUGAUUAUGAAUCCCACUGUUCUAAAAAUCUCUUAAAAAUUCAACAUCUCUCCAGAGGUGUCACUCGUAAUCAACCCAAGUAUGUUUUAUUGUUAAGAUUUAUUAAUAUAUUUAAUAUUUUGCAUCCAAAUAACCUCUAAUUUAUUGAAUAAUUUAUUAUAGUCUUUGUCCUUAUUUUGUUAAUGCAUAUGUAUAGGUGCACAAGAUUUGUGACAUUUAAAAUAUAGCAACACAUUUCUUUACACUUUGAUGCUCCAGUCCCUGAGAUAAAAGCUUGCUUUUGAGCUAUUAUCAUUGUUUGUAGUUUUGUUCAUAUGAGGAAUUAAGCAUAAUGAUUUUAUUACUUUUGUAUUUUAAUGACCUUGACAUUUAUAUGUUUCAGAAUGAAGAGAACUAUGAACACACAUGAGGUACUACAGCAUGAGAAGAAUACCUGGAAGCUGGUUAACUCUUUGUACAAAGACAGAUUAGACACUGAGGCCAGAGAAGACAACCUAGGUUUAGAUGAUGAAGAUGAUGACUUACAGUUGUCAACAAAAACUUCGGUAUCUCUUAUUUUAUCUAAUAAAGCAAUAUUUUUUUUUACUGAAGACAAAAGGUCAUUAAGGAUUUGCAGUUAAUCCUAUGUAUUUUUUGUUGUUCUCGAUGCAGUUAUUGUUUUUUAUUUGGAAGCAAAGUAAUAAAUAUUAAAUGCAGUCGUAGAUUUAAAUUUGUUGUAACAAUGUUUAUGUCUUUGGUUUUAACAGGUAUGGGCACUAAGUGAAAAGAAUAUUGCUAAUCAUCUCUUUGAAAAGGAGUCUCUUGUUAGACAGAGUCAGGUAAAAUUUCUACUUCAAAAAUUCAUAAUAACUCCCCAAACUAAAGUCAUCUAAAAUCUUGAUUCAUGUUUUUAAAAAAUUGUUAAUGAUUGGAACACAAAAACAAGAUAAAAGCAUUAGGACUUCUCCAGUAAACUUUUGCAGCCAAGUGUACUUAGGUUUGCUAGGGGACAUGAAUCAGUGUGACAAGAUUUUUUAUACAUCAGGCAGGCAAGUGAAAGGAAAAAAGGAGUGCAGAAGUAGUUUAAGAAACAAUUUAACAUAACAGAUUAAUUUUAGGGGAAACUUAUUAAAAAACAUUUACUGUAUACAAGUACUUGUAAGAGAACUGUAAUUUAUAUUUUAUGUUGAAAUAAUUUUACUUAAAUUAAUUUUAUCAACACUAGUUAGCUGUUAAAUGUUUAUUUCAUUUUUUAACUUGUUGACUGGGCUAUGAUUUUGCAGUUGGUGAUUGACUGGUUGGAAACCUGUACUUUAGAAAACAUAGACACUUUCACGAAGAAUGCAAAAUUUUUUAUGGAUCAGCCUGUGGCUUGGUAAGUUUCUCAAUACAUUCAUGAGUUGUGCUGAAACUGCCACUGGAGCACACCUUUUAAGAUAUAUUUUUUAAAGCAUACAUGGUAGAAUUAUAAAAUGUUAUUGGUCUCUCUAAUUUAUAAAAACACACUUUUUUUUCGCAUAGGGAGAAUACUUUGCACAAUCUUCAGAAGUCAAAACAAGACCAUCGCCUAGGUUCUGGCAGAUUCAUCACAGAAAUGGUUGGUUAAUUUUUUUGUUGUUGUUGGAAUUUAAGUAUUAAACCUGAGAUCUUGUAUAGAAUAUUAUAUAUUAUAAACAAGAAUUUAUUCAUUUGUUAUUGCUAUUUAUCAACUUUUUUUUUUAAUUAAAAAAAAAUUGAAGAUUUUCAUUUAAAUUAUGUUUUAGAACUUGCAUUAUUUUUGAAGUACUCAUUUUUGCAUUUGAUGCAUACAAUUUUGAUUUUGAAAAUUUAUUAGGAUCCUGAUGCUCCACACAGACAAGGGAAACCACUAGAUGACCUUGAUCAGGAAGAUGAGACAUUUUUUAUUGAACAUCUUUUUAUAUGUUUGAGGGCAGGACAGCUGGAAAAAGUAUGUUAUCUUUAAAGCUGUAUCCUUUUGUAUAUAAUUUUAAUCUUUUGGCAAGUGCUGAAGCGUAUAGCAUAGAUACCAAAGAACUUUACACAUUAGAAACAAAUAGUACUGAGUGCUAUAAAAUAUUUUUUGGGGCAUUUUUAGGCCCAAGAGCUAUGUCAUCGUUUUGGUCAACCAUGGAGAGCAGCAACAUUAGAAGGAUGGCGUCUGCUUCAUGAUCCUAACUACUAUGGAACAUCGCUGAAAUCAGAUGUGGCACUUGUAGAAGGGAAUCCAUACAGAGAUGUUUGGAAGAGAGUUUGCUGGCAAAUGGCUUCUGAGGUUUGAGUGGACUCAUGUUCUUAUUUUUAAUCUCAUUUGUAAACUUAUACACAAUUAACACUUUUUAUCCACAUAACACAUCUAUUAAAUUUAUAUAUAUCAACAUCUUAUUUAGAUCUCAGCACUGUGUAAUUUUAAAAAAUGUUGUUAACAUUGUAUUUCAUCGCAUUGUAUUUCUACAACAUUGGCCUAGUCAAGCUUUGGGCUCAUUUAUGCAUCAAUAUAAAUAGCAAUGAUUCAGACCUGUUUACUCUUAUGAUUUUGGUGUACAAUGUACGAUUUUGAGGUGUACACCUUAUAAUAUACUGUAUGUUUAUUUUUUUAUUAUUAAGAUAAUGUAUUGAACGAUUUUGUGAUGAUAUUGUACGAUUUUAAGAGUUUGAGGUCAACAGGUCUGAUGAUUGAAUUCCAGUGAUGUUUUUAUUUGGUGCAAUCACUAAUUUGCGAUAUCUUAUAUUUUAAUAGCUGACUCUUUUUUUUUGUCAGGGAGAUAUGAAUCGUCAUGAGCGAGCAGUGUAUGCCACACUCAGUGGAAAUCUCCAUGGUUUGUUGCCUGUUUGCUCAACAUGGAUGGAUUAUGUUUGGGCUUAUUUCAAGGUAUAAGUUCUUUUUUGAAUGUUCACUUUAAGUUGCACUAUUAUUACAAAUUAAUUUAUGAGAAAAAAUACAAGCGCCUGUCAUUUGGAUAAUUUUACAACUUUCCAGGUAAUGGUAGAUGUCAGAGUAGAACAGGAAAUUCGGCUGCAUUUCAGGACACCCAGAAACUUGGACAGUUUGCCAGAAAAAUUUACUGAAGCUCUGUAUGUAUAUUUUAAGUUUGUUAGUUUGUUUUGGAAUUGGUUAAAACUCACAAGAUACUUUAAGCUCAUCAAGAAUCGGAUGGUCCGCAAUAAUGAAAUUGUGCAACAGACAAUAAAAGUCUUAUUGAUGAAUCGACACUUCAAGAAUCCACUACUACUUUAGACAUUUUCAGUAGUUACCUUGGGAAUCCUUCUUGCUUUUUGCUACCAAAGAUUCACAAAGUGGGCAACCCUUGAUGACCUAUUGUUGCGACCUGCUCUUGUCCCACUGAUCACAUUUCAGAAUUUCUGGAUGGGUUCUUUCAGCUUUUUGUUACCUCUUUACCCACUUACAUAAAGGAAACAAACUACACUUUAAAAACAUUUAAUUCCCUAAAAUUUAUCCCUGAUACAAAACACUGUUUUUACUAAAUGUCUGUUCCUUACACAUUUAUUCCACAUGCUGAUGGUCUUAGUGCUUUGAGAUUUUUCCUUGAAAACAAACCACAUCCAUCCAUCCGAAAUGAGACUAUUAACCGACUGGCUGAACUGGUACUCACCCUUAACUCCUUUGAAUUCAAUGGUCAUUUCUUUGACCUAAUAGUGGCGUGGCCAUGGGUGAAAAAAUUGGCCUAAGUUAAGCCUGCUUUUAAUGGAUCAUUUCAAAUAUAUGGUAGAGAAUGCAUAUAUGUGCCAUAUUCCAGAAUUUUAUAAGAGAUAUAUUAAUGAGAUCAUUGGCAACACUACCAUGGAAACAAAUGAACUCCAACAAUUAAUUGAGUUUUUGAACUCACUCCACCCAUCCAUAGAAUUUACUACCUGAAUCUCUGGGCUUUCUGACAACUUUCUGGAUAUUACCCUAAUAUUAAAAGAAAAUGGAUUAUUCACAUCUGCCUAUUACAAACCCACAGACAGUCAUGGUUACCUCUUGUACUCAUCCUCCCACCCCAAAUUAUGCCAAGACCUCAUACCUUUACCCAAAAUUCUCAGACGUUGCCCUGCCAGUUUGAUGAAGAUUUUUAAAUAGGGCUAAUGAAAUGAUGGACUUCUUCCUCUCAAGAGCUUAUUAUGAAACUACUCUUGUCUUGGCACUCACUCGUAUCAGCACUACGGUAUCAAGGGAAAUGAUGCUUUCAAACCUCAUCCAAAUAAAAAUGAAGAUCAAACCAAAUUCAUUCUAACCUGCCACCCUCACAAUGUGAUGGCCAAAAAAAUAUUCAUAAAGAAUCCACACAUACUUUUGUUGACACCAGCAGGGUAUUCUCUUCCCCUCCACUUAUUGUCUUCAGAUGGGACAAAAAUGUAGGUGACCUUCUGGUUGACAGUCACCUUUAAUCUGACCUGUCUCACAUUGGGACUAAGCCUUGCUCAAGAAGCUGUUGUACAAUCCAAAUCAAAAAACAUUAGCCUCCCUAAGAGCACUUUAACAAUCAAAGAGGACUUCACGUGAGUUUGUCCAAGUGUGAUCUAUGCCACUGUGUGCAUUAGAUGUCACUCCUUUUAUAUGGGCGAAACGGGACGAAGAUUAUCUGAUAGGUUCACUAAAUCUUCGAAAUAUUGAACAGGGCAAAAUUUCCCCAGUCUCAUUCCAUUUAACUGAGAUAAACACAAAGGGACAUCAGAUGUUUCCAUUACGGCGCUGAUAUCCUGCACUAACACACCAGUGAGAGUUAGUGAGGAAAAGAAAUUAAUUCAGAUUUCCAGCACAAACCAUAUGGAAUCAAUCAAAUACUCUGAACUAAUAGUCUCCUAAUAGUGAUCCUCAUUUUCCCUGUAUUUCUUUUCUUAUUUCAUAUAUUUUACAUAUUUCCAAAAUAUUUUUGUCCAUCAAAAUCUCAUUUAUCACAGUAAUGAUACAUACAUUCUUUUAAUUCCUGUAAACUUUUGGAUAGAACACAUUUUGGUUUAGGAAAACCCAAUAAAAUUAAUGGCCAAUUUCAAAAUUUUUUCAACAGUUAUCUAUUUCUUGUUUUCUUUUCAUUAUCACAUUUUGAAUUGCCAUUCAGAAUCUAAUAAUAUAUCAUGUUAAUCUGUCCUUGUGGGAACAGUUGGGAAACCAUUUUAAAAACAGAUCACCAGUUUAAAAUCAGAUUCAGAAAACUGAUAACAUUUCUUCCAUACAAAAAUGAUACCACCAUCCCUAAUACUAACAACACUAGGCUACCCAUAUAAAUUUAAAUUAUUUUUACGAUAUAAAACAUGGUUAUUCAGAGAAUAACCUUUCAAUUAUAAUAUCUGAAGUUGAAAAGCAAUACAUUUCACAAGUUUACUGCCCAUCACCAUAGUCAACAUUGCCUGCUGCUAACAUUAUCUAACGACAUUCAAGUACAAAUUUUUAAAGUUUGUUUCAAAUAUAGCUUUUCAAAUAUUAACUUUUUGAUAAUCAUCAUCACUUUCUACAUUAAUUUCAAUAGAUUCUACAUUGAUCUGUUCGAUUGUUCCUUCAUCUAAAUUUGGUAGUCUAGUACUUUUUGUAUGAACUUGGAAAACUAUUCCAAACUUUGAAAGAAUAUAAAAACAUACAGAUUUCACGUGAGAGCAGCAGUAAAUUUUUGUAGAUGAAGUGAACUUGUGGAGGCCAACAUGGCAGAUUGGAGCUAGUCGCCAAUGUGUUAAUUUCUGGGCACCCUCUUAGAGUAUACUGCAGUUUUGCUGAAGCAAACCCUUAUGCCUUUUAAAACAAUAAUUUCCAAAGAGCAAGAUUAAAAACUAUUGGUUUAAGAGUAAGAAACGAAAGAGACUCUUUAGCCCCUUUGCAAGACAUUCUGUGAACUGGAUUAAUGUUUUUAUUAACCAUAAAAUUGUUCAACUAAUUUUUCUAUAAAAACCCUGAAAAUUAAAAAGGCAGUGCAACAUUGUCAACCUGUAAUAAUAACACACAGAGAAAAUUUUAAAAUUAUUACAUUGCUUAUUUGCAAACUUAACUGGAGUGAUUUGUCAAAGUGAUUAUUUAUAAAAUAAUUCACUGAAAAAAUCUGUCAGAGCCAAGUUCAGUAAUAUUAUUAGCGUUUAAAAAUAACUUCCAAUAAUUGUAUCAUGGUAUUUGUAAGCUCUUUUUCGCAGUACUGAAAUCACACAUGACUUGAUAAAUGUGCUGUACAGUUUUUUAAAGUUUACUGAUUUUGUUGUUUUAAUUAUUUACUAUUACAAAAAUAUUUGAGAUUGGACAUCUAAAUAUUCACCAAAAGGGGAUCCCUCCAUUUUAAAUGUAUCAAAAUAUUUCAUGACAUGUAAAAAAUGACAUGCUUGUAGUCUUGUUGCUUUGGUACAAACUUUAUCAAAAACAAUAAUUGGCAUAAUGGCGGAUAAUGUCUUUUCCAAUAAUUUUCCAAUUAACUGAUGCAACACAAAUAUUUUAGAGGGAUUACUUCCCUUGCUAUCACUUAAAAUUGGUUAUAAUUGAUAAAAUCUGACCAUUAAAUGUUAUAUAAAAAAAUAUUUUUCCUCUAAUAUUAAAAUUAAUUUAAUGAUACCUGAUUUUUUAAAGCCUUGAACCACAGGAUAUCUUCAAUGAAAUUUCUGCAAGAAUAGAGGAGGUAAUUUAUUUAUCUUUUAUCUCUAAAAAGAAAUAUCCCCUAAAUUUCACAUAAUUUACAUUCAUGUCAAUUGACCUAAACAACAAAGAUACAGUAAAAUUAAAUUCAUUUUUAGAAAAUAAUAUAUUACAUAAAACCUAAUUUUUCACUAGAAAUCCCACAAUCUUUUACAGCACAUGAUGGUUACAUAGUUAAACAUUUAAACAUUAAAAAAUAAUAAAACUCAUGUCAAACAUAUUGUUUCAUGAAUUUUGAAUCACUUUCAGAACAUUCGUAUACAAUCAGAGAUUUCGUACCAUGUCAUUCAAAAAUGUAUUAUUCUUGGAGACAUAUCAGGUAUUUAUAUUUUAUAUAUUUUACUUAACAAAAGUUUCUUAUUUUUGUAUUUUAAUUUAGUUUUGUCUAAUAAUAAUAAUAAUAAUAAGUGGUCUUAUAUAGCGCGGUACCCCGGCCUAGGGCUGGGCUCACCGCGCUGUACAUAAAUAUAGCUAAGAGGCAUAAUCAUAAUAUUAAAAUAAAAUAAAUAAAUGAAAUAAAAACAACAUAUAAGCAAAACAACACCAUAGGUAUAUUCAUCCACCCACACCAGACAUUUUUACAAGGAAACCCAUGUACGUUUAUCGGUUUAUAGGAGGAGAAUCAGUCAGAGUAGUAUAGCUUAAAUAGAUGUGUUUUGAGUGCAGUUUUGAAGGCCUGUGUGGUUGUUAUAUUGCGGAUGUGUAGUGGCAAAGAAUUCCAUUGUUUGGGGGCGCAGAAAGAGAAAGAUCGUUCACCAUAUAAUUUAGUGCGUGUCUUGGGAACGGACAGAAUACGCGAGUCUGCGGAGGAGCGAAGUUGUCGAAGGGGUGAAUAGACAGAAAGAAGUUCAGUUAGAUAGGAAGGGCAGGAAUCCGAGAAAAAGUUGUGACAGAGAAGAGACAGCUUGUAGUCAAUGCGUGCCUGUAUAGGGAGCCAAUGUAGUGAGUGGAGUAGUGGAGUGACGUGAUCAUGUUUUUUUGCCUUAAGAACAAGCCUAGCAGCAGAGUUUUGAACUUUCUGCAGUUUUUCUAUAAAAUGUUUCGGUGAACCUGACAGAAGUGAGUUGCAAUAGUCAAGACGAGAGAGAACAAGAGCACAGACUAGAGUUUUUGUUGCGCUAACUGUCAGGUAGUGGCGGAUGGAGCUGAUCUGACGGAUGGCGGUGUAUGCCGAACGACAAAUGUGAGAGAUAUGUUUAUCGAGAGACAUGUUGUUAGAAAGAAUAUAACCAAGAUUCCUAGCAGAGGGUGUAAACUGUAUGUCGGAGUUACCUACUUGAAAUGAGGUGGGAAGAGUUGAGGUAGAGGAUGAUUUGUGAUUGUAAAUGAGGAGUGCUCUGACAAAUGCAGUUACUUUUAUAAUACAAAACUAUCCAUAGGUUUAAUUGAAGUGAUGUACAGAUUGUUACAGAAAGAUAGAGAGCCAGUUUCAGGCCAUCUGCUGCGAUUUAUGGCACAUAUUGUCUUAUUUCUCAAGACCAUUGGAAAAGAUUGCAAGGUGAGAGUAUGUAGGAGAAAAAAGGGUUGAAAUUUUAAUUUAGCUAUUGUUUUCAAAUAUAUAAAAUACCAUCCAUUUUAUAAACAUAAAUGUAUAUAUAUUUUUUUUUUAUUUUUUAAUAUAUAGUUUAUUUAUGGUUUGCAUAUAUUCAAAAUUUUUUCCUAAAAAGAUUGAAAACCUUUAUUUUAAAAAGUAUCUUUUUACUGCAGGAAGAACUCUGUGAAGCUAUCCUUAAAGCAUAUGUGGAAGAAUUAAUUAGAAACAAACAUACAAGUUUAGUGGCUCAUUAUGUUGCAGAACUUAAUCCAACAGAUCAGGUCCAGUUGUAUGCAGCUUUUCUGGAAGGUCAGUUAAUACUGUUUCAUAUUCGCUAAGCUACUUUUUAUAUUUAGAAUUCUUGCUUUAAAGAUCCUGCUCUCAGGUUAAAUAGAUUGUCAUUUAAAUCUUAAAAUUGUCACACUGGCAACUGUUUGCAAUAUUUGUGACAUCUCAUUUGAACAUCGAUAAUUCUUAAAAAGACACUCAAAGUGUAUAUUUUUAAACCAAUAUAUAACUGUUUUAUUUAUUAAAUUAAAUUUUUUUUGAACCAGAAAUUGAGGCCCAAGAAGAGCGUCAACAGUGCUUGCGUUGGGCUGAGGAAGAAGGUCUGAAUAUUGCACUAAUAACAAAGUCUGUUGUGGAAAGAAUCAGAUUAAGGGAAUCGGCAUCUGUGUACCCGGUCACUAGUUUGGCAGUUGACCUAACUAUAACUGAAGUAAGAAAUUAUAAAGUAAUAUCCAUUUGAUGACAUGCUAGCAUUUUAGCUGAGAUGAGAAGUUAAACUAUGGAACUUAUUAAUGCUAGCUUAGCUAGCUAUAAUUUAUAAUAGAAACAAGGAACCUUUAAUUUACAGUAUUCUAUUAAAUCAUAAAAAACUUAUUUAAAUCGUUGUGGAAUAAAUUGGUUUAGACAUUUUAAUAUUCAAAUUUCUCUUAAUUAUUGUUCAGUAAGUUAUUAUUUAUCUGUGAUCUACUUUUCAAAAAAGACAUGCAUGUUUAUCAAUGUGAUUUUCAAUUGUUCAGGAGGAUAAGGCAAAGAUUGAUGCAAUUGAAUGGCUUGUCUUUGAUCAAGCUCACAGACCAGAAGCUAUCAAGCAGGCUAAUGCUAUGAUGAGGACAUUUAUUGGUAAGUUGUUUAUUAAUCAGAGAUAUUGAAUUUAAAGGUUUUUCUGUAAAAUUUCUACAGUUGUUCAUAUAAAACCAUUUUGUUCAAUUAAUGAGGGCCAAAAUUUGACAUCACAUUUAGCAACUUUACUAGGAUACAAGUAAUCUUUCAUUUGUAAACUUAUUCAUUUUAGUUAUCAUAAUUUUUUUCCCUUAAGUAUCUGCAGUGGACAAUAAUUGAGGUUUAAGGAAAACAUGUUUAAAACCUAAUUUUAUUUUAUUUUUUACAUUGGCUUUUAUACUUGUGUGUUGCUUAAGACUUAAAUUUUUUUAGAGAAUUUAAAAUGUUUAAAGUAAGAUUUCAAAUAAUCUUUUCUACACAGCUGUUAAGAAACAUGCUGCUGCACGACAAGUUUUUGAAAAGUUGCCAUCUGAUACCAUUGACAUCAUUUACAGACUCUGGCACAUGAAGGUCACUUGCAAACAUAGCGAUAACUUCAAAUGACUGCUAGAAAACAAUAUAAUUAAAAAUUUAACUAAAACCUUUAUGGAAGUUAAGCAGGAGGAGUAUACCUGUACCAAGUGUUCAUUAUAGAUAUCUGCUAAGUGAAAAAAUAAACUAUAGGUCUGUGUAUCAAACUGUAUUAACAAAGAGGCAGUUACUUUGUACCGGGGUAUUUAAUAAAAAUUAUACAAGAAGCCUCCGACAGCAAAAAUACAGACAGAAACACUUAGCUGGUAUAGAUAUGUAGUUGACAGGAAGUAAUAGACAUAUUCAAUUUACAACCGAAGUGUUUGUCUCUAUAUUAAUAAAGUGUAAACAUAUCAUGUUUAAUAGCAAUCUAUAUAUAUUUAUUAUGAAUUUUUAUUUAAUUUAAAAAUGAUUUGUUUUAUUUUUUUCAGACUGGCUCUAAUGAUCUUCCAGCUGAUGACAGCAAUGCUAUCAGAGAAUACAUGUGUAUGAAGGCUUACCUUGUAAGUUUUCCUUAACGAUUAUUUUCUUUAUGAUUCAACUGAUUUUAAAAAAAUAUUUUUUUUUAAGUUUUACCUUUUUUUUCCACGUUAGUUAAAUUUAAUAAUCUCUUAAUCUGCUAUUAGACACUAAGACAGACCAUAUGAAAAAAUCUUACUUUCAUAACCUGAUGUUUAUUUUACUAUGGUCAGGAUGCUGUAGAAAGUUUUAAUGACUGGUUCAGCUUAUACCACCAAGGACAGCCAUUAAAGCCUAAUGGUUUAGAAGGUGGAAGUUUUACAGACCGAGUUGCAUUUGAACAUAAGAUGAAACAGUACCAGCAAGAGUAUGAUAGAUGGAUGCAUAAUUUACAAGUACAGACAAGGGUAUGCUAUUAUCAAUUUUAUCACAAUGAAAGUGAAGGUUUUCUUUGAUAAAGUAGUGUUCAGAAACCUUUUUUUUACCUGUGUUUUAAGGAAUUACUUUACUAUUUUACUUCUCUGCUGGAUCUUUAAAGAUUUAUAUAGAUUUAUAUAUAUAUUUAUAAAGGUUUAUAUGGAUCCCUUUGUGUUACAAUAAAAUGGGUCUUCAUUAUUGUUAAACCGUCAAAGUAUCUUUAUGUACUGGUACUGCAAGUAUUACCUUUGAGUAAUUUAAAACAUCAAUUAAAUCAAGGGAUUUCAAUAUUUUUUUUUCAAAUCUGAUUUUAAAGCGAUCAUUCUUUCGCAAGCUGAUAAGGGUGAAUUUCUAUGAUCAAACAGCAAAAUCUGCUUUAUUUGCUGAUGAAAAAACUGCUUUCUAUAAUUUCUAAAAUUAGAUGAUCUUUUAACUUUUUGCAUAAAAAAAUAUAUAAAGUAGUACCAAUAGAGACCCACAAAAAACGAUGUUUUAUCAGAUAUCAGCGUUGGUAAAUUUUCAAUUUUAAUAGGUUUCUUUAAUUUAUAAUAUUAAUUUAAAAACAAUUAUUAAAAAUUAUUAUGUAAAAAUAAACAACAAAAAAUCGUUUUCAAAGGCCAAUUAUUGGUUAUCUGUUAUUCAUUCAACAUCUUUAGUUAAAUCAAAGGGGAUUUAUAGGAAUUAAAUUAUUUUUUUAAUACAGAAUUUAGUUUGUGAGAAGUUAAUCAGUAUGAAUGCUUAGCAACCUGCCUUUAUGUAAAAUAAAAAAAAUAUAGAAAAAUGUCUUUUGUUUUGAAACAGACAACUCGAGACAGGAUCUACAAUGUUUUAUUGUUUACUGAUGGUGGAUGGCUUGUUGAUGCAUUCGAGGUGAGGCUUUUUUUAAAUAAUUUUUUUUUUUUAAUUAACCUAAUGACUGCCGAUUUAUUUUGAAACCACAUCCACAGAUUUAUGAAAAAAUACAUUUUAACCACUUUUUAUUCAUCAAGUAUCAAAUGAAAAGCUAUACCAUAUUUUAGAUAAUCUGUUGAGCUUUUGUAACUCGGACUAAAGUCUAAAUAUUCUUUUUAGAAUCUGGACCCAGAUCAAUCUCGGCUUGAUCAAAUGAGCCGUCUGCGAAAGCUUCAUCUUCCUGCUCUGUGCCUCAAUCUUCACAGUGUUCUUCACUCCAGUCACUUUUAUGCCGAGGCAGUCCAGAUAGCUGAUGUUUUGGCAUCAGAGCAGUACCAGUUGUACAAGGUAACAUUAUUUGGCACACAAUAUUUUAAGAUUCAUUUUUAAAUAAUUGAAGCUUUCAUUUGCAACAGUUGUUCAAAUGAUUAGAUGGAACCCUUUGAUACAAAUAGUUUUUCUUCAUUCCCAUGACUAUUUUCCCCUUUGAUAUUUAAAAAGUGUUUAUUUACUGCAGCCAUUAGCAAUGCAAUAAUAUUGAUAUGAAAUGGGUAGGUAUUGGAUCAGAGGUUUGAAACUAUUUAGAAGGUUACUUGAAAGCUUGGAGGGCUCCUGGUUUAGAUGUUACAAUACAGCAUGAUGAAUAAUUUCACAGGAAAUAACAUUAUGAAUUAUAAUAAUCUAUUCUUAAAAUGUCGUCAUGUUUGGUGUGGGUUUUGGGGGUAACUUUAUUUUUUUUCUUGUCAAAAGGUAAUCUAAUAAAAGUUUAUAAAUUUGCAUCAACAGGAAUUUGACAAAGAGUCAUUGAAGCAUAUUUUGAUACAGAUCACCAAAUCAUCUCUAGCACUUCUGGAUGAAAACAAGGAUCCCCUGGGUUAUGAAGUUGUAUGAUACGAAUGGGUCAAUAUUGUCCAGUUUUGCUUUGCUUUAGUAAAACAUUCAGUUGAUUUUCUAUGGAAAAAUGUUUUAAAUGUAAUAAAUUUCAUUGUAAUCAAAGAUUGUUUCAUUAUUUAGUUUAAAAUUAUCAGUUCAUUUGUAUUUUUUCAGAAUGCUGUUUAUGGAAUUUUUAUGCUUUAGGAAUAUAUGUAAAAAAAUGUAACCAAUAAGGUUCUGUUUUGCAAUGAUUUUACACAAAAAAUAAAUUUCUUACCACAAUUCAUUUGGCAUUCAUCUUCUUUCGAAUGGCAUUUUAAUUAAUAUAUGCCAAGUCUUAGACUUAACACAUCUGAUGUAUUCUUCCAGGAAAAUAGUUAAAUGUAGAAUUUACUUAUUUUUAAAACAUGAAUGUGUCAUUGACAAUUAACAUCACAGAAAGACCAUUUGUAACAUAUUCAAAUAGAUUCACUA